UCAUUUUGAUCAUUUUCUCGCCCGAUGAUACCAUACUCCACUGGUUAAACGGCGUCGCCCGGCAGGAAAAGCUUUGCUCAAAGUCCUAAAAAGUCAAAGACAUAAGGAGGAGGAUAAUGCAGAAGCUCACCAGAAAAUGGAGAAAAUCUCCACGAGAAUCUCAUUUCGACGAGGACGAUAAGUUCUCUUUGCCAACUCGCGACGAAAAUCGUCCCAUUGAUUCCCAAGAACAAGAAGAAUUGGUUCGAUCUUUCGAGAAUGUUCAAACCCAGCAAUCUCUUCUCUGGAGGGGUGUGUUCUCAGGGCUACUCUCGUGUUAUGUGGCUUUUCUCCUAUACUCAGUCUAUCAACAGGCCUAUUAUCCCUGGGAAUUGCGAUAUCAUGCUUACUUCAUGUAUGAAGUUGACGCUUGGACCAUCAUUGCUGCAGAUUGGGCAGCUAUUAUGACGUGCUUAAUGACCAUAAAGGGCUUAUUGCAUGAAUCAAAACAUCAUAGGAGGUGGCUAUGGUCUUCAAGCUGCAUUGGCAUGAUAGUGGCAGUGUUUUGGUUGCAUCAUAUGCUAAGGUUGGCAAAGUUUAGAUGGGAUGUUGUAUGGCUACCAUUAGGUCCCAUUAGUGGAGCUGGAGUGUGCAUUUACGUAGAGUAUUUACUAAAUGUGUCAUCUGAAGAAGUGAGGAAACUUAGAGGAUAUAUGUAUGCAUAUAAAGCCAGGUAAGAGUGCAGAUGAUGUAUGUAUGGGCCCUUAAUGCCAGUUAAGAGCUUUCCCUAAUCGAAUUUUAAUACUCGUCUAGUUCCAUGAUAUGAUUACCCCCCUUACUAAUUUUCUUGGUGUACGAUGGGAAGGGGCUGAAACUAGUGGCCAGAGCUCUCCUUUGGCCCCACAAGGGGCUUAUAUAUGUUACGUUUGAUAUAUUUCACUGUAAAUCUUCGUUCCUGGCACUCAGAAAUAUAUAGUCUUUGGUGGAGAAUUUUUGUUCUUUUGGCUGUUUGAAAAUGUUAAGAAUGCAUGUAAAUGUUUGAUUGGGAGGAACGUUUUAUUUCUCUAUUAUGGACAAGUGCUUUUGUUGGGA